ACUGCUCUUUCCAGUGACUUCAUUUUGGGUGCCCUAUGUUGGACAGAUCCACAUCGUAUAGGUUCACAGGUAGCCCCUGGAGUCUGAUUCCAGCAGCCUUGGGGUGAAACCAGCGCGUUCUCCGGUUGCCUGGGCAACUCCAGCCGGCGUCACCUGUCGCCAUGGCGCGCUCCGCUUGGCAGCAUAGCGUCUUCCCAUUGGCUGCGGCCUAGGGACCAGUGUCGGUGUUGCAACACCGGUUGGUGGCCUGAAGGAGGGUUUGAUUGAAAAUCAACGGUGCCGGUGCAGCUGGCCGCCCGUUGAGGAGACCUUGUGUGAGUUGGGGCAGGGCGGGAGCCCCGGUCUGGAGCAGCCGGUGGCAGCGGCCGCUGGAGGCGAUGAGCUGGAGGACUUGCCGCCUGGACUGAGGGAGGGACGGUCCCUCCAGCGUGGAAUGCCAUGCGAAUUCUGGGGCCUUGAUGUCUUACAAUGCCUGAUCAAGACAAAAAGGUGAAGACCACCGACAAAUCAACUGACAAGAAGCAGCCAGGAAGCACCCCCAGGGACUACUCAGAUCUUCAAAGACUCCGGUGCCUUUUGAACGUCCAGUCAAGCAAACAGCAGCUUCCAGCCAUCAACUUCGAUAGUGCCCCAAAUAGCAUGGUGAAGUCGGAGGCCGCCAUCAAGGCAGGGGUGUCCAGAGUUCGAGGCCAAUGGCAUGAGUCCACAGAAGCCGUUGAACUUGAAAAUUUUAGUAUAAACUACAAGAAUGAGAGAAACUUUAGCAAACACCCUCAGCAUCCGUUAUUUCAGGAGAUUUUCACAGCCCUGGUGAAGAACAGACUCAUAUGCAGAGAGUGGGUUAAUCGAGCCCCAUCCAUCCAUUUUCUGAGAGUGUUAAUUUGUCUGAGGCUACUGAUGAGGGACCCAUGUUACCAGGAAAUACUCUACAAGUUGGGUGGCAUUGAGAACCUAGCACAGUACAUGGAGAUGGUGGCUCAUGAGUACCUCGGCUAUGGGGAGGAGCAGCACAGCGUGGACAAGCUGGUCAACAUGACGUACAUCUUCCAAAAACUUGCUGCCAUCAGAGACCAGCGGGAAUGGGUCACCACGAGCGGCGCGCACAAGACAUUAGUAAAUUUGCUUGGUGCCCGAGACACUAGCGUCCUACUGGGUGCUCUUUUGGCCCUGGCCAGCUUAGCAGAAAGUCCAGAAUGUAGGGAGAAGAUAAGUGAACUCAACAUUGUAGAAAAUCUGUUGAUGAUUUUACACGAGUACGACUUGCUUUCCAAAAGACUCACUGCCGAGUUGCUGCGCCUCCUGUGUGCCGAGCCCCAGGUGAAGGAACAGGUGAAGCUCUAUGAGGGUAUCCCGGUCCUCCUCAGCCUGCUGCACUCCGACCACCUGAAGCUGCUCUGGAGCGUCGUGUGGAUUCUGGUCCAGGUCUGCGAGGACCCCGAGACCAGCGUGGAGAUCCGCAUCUGGGGAGGCAUCAAGCAGCUGCUUCACAUUCUGCGAGGGGAUAGAAAUUUCGUUUCUGACCGCUCCUCCAUCGGAAGCCUGUCUAGUGCGAAUGCUGCAGGCCGGAUCCAGCAGCUUCAUUUGUCAGAUGAUUUGAGCCCUCGGGAAAUCCAGGAAAAUACUUUCUCCCUUCAAGCAGCCUGCUGUGCGGCCCUCACGGAACUGGUGCUGAAUGACACCAACGCCCACCAGGUGGUUCAGGAAAAUGGUGUAUAUACCAUCGCAAAACUAAUUUUACCAAAUAAACAAAAGAAUGCAGCAAAAACAAAUCUAUUACAGUGUUACGCCUUCAGAGCCUUGAGGUUCCUCUUCAGUAUGGAAAGAAACAGACCGCUGUUUAAGAGACUCUUCCCCACAGACCUGUUUGAGGCCUUUAUUGACAUAGGUCAUUAUGUUCGUGACAUCAGCGCUUAUGAAAAACUGGUAUCGAAGCUGAAUGUGUUAGUGGAGGAUGAACUGAAGCAAAUUGCUGAAAAUAUUGAGAGCAUUAAUCAGAACAAAGCUCCUUCAAAAUACAUAGGCAACUACGCGAUUCUGGAUCAUCUUGGAAGUGGAGCUUUUGGCUGUGUUUAUAAGGUUAGAAAGCGAAGUGGCCAAAAUCUUUUAGCAAUGAAAGAGGUGAAUUUACAUAAUCCAGCAUUUGGAAAGGAUAAAAAAGAUCGAGACAGCAGUGUAAAGAAUAUUGUUUCUGAAUUAACAAUAAUUAAAGAGCAGCUCUAUCACCCCAAUGUUGUACGUUAUUACAAGACAUUCCUGGAAAAUGACAGAUUGUAUAUAGUCAUGGAGCUUAUAGAAGGUGUCCCUCUGGGAGAGCAUUUCAGUUCUUUGAAGGAGAAACAACACCAUUUCACAGAAGAAAGGCUAUGGAAAAUAUUUAUUCAGCUGUGUUUAGCGCUUCGGUAUUUACACAAGGAGAAGAGGAUUGUCCAUAGAGAUCUGACACCAAACAACAUUAUGUUGGGUGAUAAGGACAAAGUAACAGUUACUGACUUUGGCCUGGCAAAACAGAAGCAAGAAAACAGUAAACUUACAUCAGUGGUUGGGACCAUCCUAUAUUCCUGCCCGGAAGUACUGAAGAGUGAGCCCUAUGGGGAGAAGGCAGAUGUCUGGGCUGCAGGCUGCAUCCUUUAUCAGAUGGCAACUCUCAGUCCUCCCUUCUGUAGCACCAAUAUGCUCUCCUUGGCCACGAAAAUAGUGGAGGCUGUAUAUGAACCAGUGCCAGAAGGCAUCUACUCUGAAAAAGUGAAGGAUACCAUCAGCAGGUGCCUCACUCCUGAUGCCGAGGCCCGUCCCGACAUUGUAGAAGUCUGCUCCAUGAUAUCUGAUGUCAUGAUGAAGUAUUUAGACAACGUAUCUACAUCCCAGCUGGCCUUGGAGAAGAAACUGGAGCGGGAACGGAAGCGCACGCAGAGAUAUUUUAUGGAAGCCAACAGGAACGCCGUCACCUGCCACCAUGAGCUAGCUCUGCUGUCUCACGAAACUUUUGAGAAGGCAAGCUUGAGUAGCAGCAGCAGUGGGGCAGCCAGCCUGAAAAGUGAGCUUUCAGAAAGUGCAGAUCUGCCCUCCGAAGGCUUCCAGCCCCCCUGUGUAAAGGAGGAGGACAGAGUCUGUGAGGAAAUCCUGACGGAUGACCACUUCCAUCUGGAAAGUAUCGAGAAAGAUUUAUAUUCCGAGCUGGAUGAUGAAUUGGACAUCUCAGAUAACUUCAGCAGCUCCAGCUUAAGCCCUUUGAAAGAGUCUACAUUCAGCAUACUAAAGAGAAGUUUCAGUGCUUCAGGAGGAGACAGACAAUCACACACAAGAGACUUCAUUGGUGGCAUAGGCUCAAGACCUAGACCAGCAUCUGCAGGAAUUGCUGUGUCCCAAAGGAAAGUGCGCCAAAUCAGUGACCCCAUCCAGCAGAUAUUAAUUCAGCUGCACAAAGUCAUCUAUAUCACGCAGCUUCCUCCAGCUUUGCAUCACAAUUUGAAAAGAAGGGUUAUAGAGAGAUUCAAGAAAUCCCUCUUCAGCCAGCAGAGUAACCCUUGUAAUUUGAAGUCUGAAAUCAAAAAGUUAUCUCAAGGAUCUCCAGAACCAAUUGAGCCUAACUUUUUUACAGCAGAUUACCAUUUAUUACAUCAUUCAUCAGAAGGAAACAGCUUGUCCCCAAAUGACCAAACAGGUCUACCCACUAGCUUUGAUUUGGAAGAGGGAAUAACAUAUGAACAAAUGCAGACUGUGAUUGAAGAAGUCCUAGAGGAGAGUGGCUAUUACAAUUUUACAUCUAACAGAUAUCACUCCUAUCCAUGGGGGACCAAGAAUCUCCCAACCAAAAGAUGAAAAUGCUGCAAUUUGAAUGGACUUGGUUUCCCCAGUGAAGUUCAAGUUCUGGACUUCAACCACCACUUCAAGAUGCCCAAGGACUGGAUGUUGCUAAAGGGCGUGGAAGAGAAAACAACAACAACAACAAACAAACACCAAACUUCUAUGGGGCCUGCAGAACCUUUAUUUGGGGGUUCUGUUGGGAUGGAAUGGGGAGCAGCUACAUGGCUUGGGGCUCUCUGUUCUCAGUAUGAAUUAUAGACAAGAGGGCAGGGCUGUCAAUGUGCUUCUGGGAGAAAACACUGCAGAAUUGAUGGGAAGAGGUGGUGGGUGGGGGGACUCACACAGAACUUUCCUCCCUAUUUUUUUAAACUUGUCAUAUUUUUCAAAGGUACAUUUUAUACUCAGGAUUGCUAAAAACUAUUUUUGAAAGUAUCUAGCCUUCUAUGUGUAAAAAAUAGUUUGAGAUAAAGAAAAUUAUAGCACCCAAAAUGAUAGAUAGAUCAGGUGAUUUGCUGUCUCUCUCAUUUUUUUUAAUCUUAAAAGAAAACUUAAAAUAGAUAAUUAAAAGAAGCAAAGGAUUGGUUCUCACUAAACCACUUGGGUGCUAGUGGUCUUGAACUAUGAUACAAUGUAGACAGUAUUUAUAACCUUGCACAGCUUCUGGGAAACUGUCAAAUUGUCAGAUUUAUAUUAGACUAAUAGAUUAUUUUAAUGUACAGUGUUUAUAUGUAUGUGUAUAUGUAUCUGAGGGAUGGAGGGAAGUUUUGCUUAGAUUGAUGCUUUGCUGCUAAUCAAAUUCUGAAGAGCACUUUGAAGAAUUCAUAGAAUCUAUGAAAGAUGGAAAAUUCCUUAUUUUUAGUCCCCCUGA